AUGGAUCUAUGUAAACUGGGUUCUGUCCUUAUUCUGAAAAAGGAAAAAUUUAGUAAGCAACAAUGUCCUAAGAACAACUUAGAGAGAGAAGAAUUGUCAAACAUCCCCUUUGCAAGUGUGCUAGGGAGUUUGAUGUAUUCACAAAUUUGCACUAGACCUGAUAUUGCUUUUGUGGUAAAUGUUCUUGGCCGAUAUUUGUCUGAUCCUGGGCAUGAUCAUUGGGUUGUUGCAAAGAAAGUUUUGAGAUAUUUACAAAGAACCAAGAAUUUUAUGCUUGUUUAUAAGCAAUUUGGGAAUCUCCGAGUUAUUGGUUAUUCAGAUUCUGAUUUUGGUGGUUUUGUGGAUGAUUUAAAGUCAACUUCUAGAUAUAUUUUCACUUUGGCUAGCACAGCUAUUUCUUGGAAAAGUGUAAGAUAA